AUGGGUGAGCGGCGCCGGCAGGUGGAGCGGCUCGGGCUCCAUGUGCUCGGCGCUGUCCCCGCGCUGGUCCCGCGGGACGCUCGGCGCUGCCGCCACCGCUCAUGGCGUUCGCCAAUUUCCGCCGCAUGCUGCGGCUCUCCACCUUCGAGAAGCGGCGCUCCAAGGAGUACGAGCACGUCCGCCGCGACCUGGACCCCAGCGACGUGUGGGAGAUCCUGGGCGAGCUGGGCGACGGCGCCUUCGGCAAGGUCUACAAGGCCAAGAAUAAGGAGACAGGUGCAUUAGCUGCUGCAAAAGUAAUUGACACCAAGAGUGAAGAUGAGCUGGAGGAUUAUAUGGUGGAGAUUGAAAUCCUGGGGUCCUGUGAUCAUCCAUACAUUGUCAAGCUACUGGGAGCAUUUUACUAUGACACCAAGCUCUGGAUCAUGAUCGAGUUUUGUCCUGGUGGAGCAGUGGAUGCCAUUAUGCUAGAGUUGGAUCGAGGCCUGACGGAACCCCAGAUUCAAGUGAUUUGCCGCCAGAUGUUGGAGGCCCUAAUCUACCUCCAUGGUAAAAGGAUCAUCCACCGUGACUUGAAGGCCGGCAAUGUGCUCCUGACCCAGGAUGGCGACAUCAAACUCGCUGACUUUGGCGUUUCUGCCAGAAACAUGAAGACUUUGCAGAAACGAGAUUCCUUCAUCGGGACCCCUUACUGGAUGGCUCCCGAGGUGGUAAUGUGUGAGACCAUGAAAGACACUCCCUACGAUUAUAAAGCUGAUAUCUGGUCCCUGGGUAUAACACUGAUAGAAAUGGCUCAGAUAGAGCCUCCUCAUCACGAGCUCAACCCCAUGAGAGUCCUGCUGAAGAUUGCCAAGUCCGACCCUCCCACACUCAACUGCCCUUCUAAGUGGUCCCUAGAGUUCAGAGACUUCCUGAAGACUGCCCUCGAUAAGAACCCUGAGACUCGGCCAAGUGCAGCACAGCUACUGGAGCAUCCCUUUGUGAAAAAAGUUACUAGCAACCGAGAUCUGCGUGAGCUGGUGGCAGAGGCAAAGGCUGAAGUGAUGGAGGAAAUUGAAGACAAUCGGGAGGAAGGAGAAGAGGAUGACUUAUCAGAACCUGCAUCUCCCCAUGGUACUCACAAACGAGACCCCUCUGAGGUGAGCCAGCUCAGUUUUGAGGGAGAGAAACGUCCAGAAUCGGUAGUGAUGAAUGGACCCAACUUACCUGCGGAGCCAACCCAGGAUGCUGUUGAUGGACAGAGUGACAAGAUCUCUGAUGAAGGGAUUAGCAGUGACAAUGACAAGCCAGAGAGUGAGAACUCUAUGAAAACCGUCAAUAGCUCUGAUUCUUCUGAGAUGGAGGAUGGGAAAACUCUUCCCAGCCCACAGGGAAAACCAGGCGCUUCUCCCCAGUCAGGACUGUUAGACAUUGAGGUUAGUUCAGCAGCAGAGAGAAACAUUAGCCACCAAAGCAACCAGCUGGAACCAGCAAACCAAGAGAGCAAGACUGCCGGGAACCAUCCAGAAAGCAGCCACUUGGAAAACCUUGCUGAGGAAAGAUUUGCUAAUGGGAGUCUGGACUCUCCUACUCAGUUUACCGGCAACCGAUCCAAGAGGGACUCCGAUUCUGGCAGCACUUCUGCUUCAGAAAGCAUGGACCUCACCAUCUCUCUGUCUGGUGACCUGUCCCUCAAUAGGGAGAGUGGAUCUGGAUCCAUGUCGCUGAAGGACUCGAGGAUGCACAACAAGACGCUGAAGCGGACCCGGAAGUUUGUGGUGGAUGGAGUGGAAGUGAGUGUCACCACCUCAAAGAUCAUCAGUGAGGAUGAGAAGAAAGAUGAAGAAAUGCGAUUCCUCAGGCGCCAGGAAUUGCGAGAGCUGCGUCUUCUUCAGAAAGAGGAGCACAGGAGCCAGGCCCAGAUAAACAGCAAACACCAACUGCAAAUGGAGCAAAUGCUGAAGCGCUUUGAGCAAGAAACAGCGGGAAAGAAGAAAUUCUAUGAUACAGAGUUGGAGAACCUGGAACGUCAGCAGAAGCUACAGAUUGAGAAGAUGGAGCAAGAUCACACCUUACACCGGAGGGAGGAAGCAAAGCGCAUCCGCACUGAGCAGGAGCGAGAUUAUGUCCGAUUCCAGGAGCAGCUUAAACAGAAAAAGAAGGAGGUCAAGAGUGAGGUUGAGAAGCUUCCCCGGCAGCAGCGCAAGGACAGCAUGAAGGUGAAGAUGGAUGAAUUUGCUCAGAGCAAGCAAGUCAUGGAACAGGAAUUCUUAGCCAAACAGAAGGUGGACCUGGAUACGAUCAUGAAGACUAUCACCAUGCAGAACCGGAAGGAGAUUUCUGACAAGGAGCGCGAGUGCCUGAACAGAAAGCAGCAGCUCUUGAGAGACCGAGAAGCUUCUCUCUGGGAGCUAGAGGAGCACCACCUGCAGGAGAAACACCAGCUUAUUAAGCAGCAGCUAAAGGACCAAUACUUCCUCCAAAGGCACGAGCUAGUCCGAAAGCAUGAGAAGGAACAGGAACAAAUGCAGCGGUACAACCAGCGAAUGAUUGAGCAGCUGAAGAUUCGGCAGCAGCAGGAGAAAACCCGUCUCCCCAAAAUCCAGAGGAGUGAAGGGAAGACCCGUAUGGCCAUGUUCAAGAAGAGCCUCCACAUAAAUUCCAGUGGGAGUGCAUCAGAACAGAGGGAAAAGAUAAAGCAGUUUGCUCAGCAGGAAGAAAAGAGGCAAAAGGCUGAGCGGCAGCAGCAGCAACAGAAACAUGAGAUGCAAAUGAAGGACAUGCAGGCCCAGUGUGAGAGCAAUGUACAGGAGCUCCAGCAACUGCAGAAUGAGAAGUGUCACCUCUUGAUGGAACAUGAGACCCAGAAGCUGAAGUCCCUGGAUGAAAACCACAACCUGCACAUGAAGGAAUGGCGUGAUAGGCUGAGGCCGCGAAAGAAGGCUCUGGAGGAUGAGCUGAACCUGAAGAAGCAUGAGCAGGAGAUGUUCUUCAAAAUGAGUGAGGAGGCAGAUGGUCAAACCCCUGGAUCCCCCAACAAACCUGCCAAAUUUGUCCCAUUCAGCUCUACUGGGUGCUCAUAACAUCUGGAUCUGGGCAGACAAGCUAGCCAGCCAGCUGGCAGUCGAUGUAACCUCAUUGGCUAUAGACAAGCAAUCUGAAACUUUUGGGAUCUUCUUGCCCACGCUGCAGUGUUUUCUCAGAACAAAAUCCUCCUGUCCUGCUUGUUCUGUCUGAGAUCAAUAUGACCUCCUGCCACUUGUCUUUCUGUGGGAAAGGUUGGAUGGAUUCAGAGCAUCAGUAGUUUUCCCUGGUGCCAAGCUGGUCGACCUAAACAGCUGCAGCAAAGCUGUAUGCCAGGAGACUGUGCCUAAAAGCAUAUUUAUGCUAUCUACUGAACUCUUCAUCUUUUAGAUGAUCCUCGUGCUCAGGCUGCUACCAAACGAGUAAAGGCUGUAGACCAGAGAAGCACUUGGUUAUUGAGCACUAUUCAAGAUGGUUAAUAUCCCUGUUCUUCAUGGCUAGCCCUCCUUCCACUCUGUCAGAAUAGUGACUGAUCCACUCUUUAUCAGCAUACAAUAUUGUCUCAUGCUGUCCCUGGUCUCCUGGAUCCCUGAGGCCUGAAAGGUUUCAAAAGCUCACCUACCAAAAAAAAAUUAAUAAAAAUAUGGGAGGCAAAGGAAAGUCAUCUCUGUUUACUAUGGUCUUCAUCUCCCUAGGCUGUUCCAACAAGACUCAGCAAUACUUUUUCUCGAGGUUUAAAAUGUGAGGGGACUUGGCUGGGCAUUUCCUUUAUUUAUCCAGGUUAUUAAUGUUAAAUGGCACAGCCCUCUCUCUGGGUCCUAGUGACUCUGGCACUCAGUACCCCUCCAGGAGCUUGAAGAACAUGGUGAUGAGGAUUCAAAUCCAGAUCUCCCAAAAAGUAGUGUGUGGAGUAUCGCUGCUAAGUUGCCAAGCCAGCCCAGGCUCUUGUCUGCUAAGAAAGGAUGGGACUGUGCAUUGAGAGAAUCUGUGGUUUUAUUCAGGUCUGCAUAUUGACACGGUGAAAUAUUAUUGGUGGUAAUCAUUUUUUCUGUCUGGUGGUGACUGCUGAUAUGGCUCUUGGAGCUGCAUGUAUGAUGGAGCUUUGGAAAGUGCUGUGCAGGUAUGGGACAGGGAGAUUACUCAGACUUCUGCAGUGCAAAUUGCCUAAUAUGAAGCUUGGUUUGUAAAGAGUAAUAAAUCUGGCAAAGACCCAUGCAGUUUAGCUCCUGAAACUAGUGCUCUGGGAAAGGAAUAUGCAAGUGAUGGUUCCUACUGGCUUGUUGCAAAAGUAAUGCCUAAGCUCCUUAAAAUUGUUCACAAUUUAGCUCAAGUUCUUCUCCUGGCUUUGUGCCUCGAGUCCUACAAAACUAGGUUGGCAGUUGUACUUCAGGUUCUGCCUACCUUCUCCCUCCACAUGAUGCUGUGGUGCAUUCAAUCUUUGGUCUGUCCUCACAAUAUGCUUUUUGGCCCCAGUAGGCUCUCUGGUUGCAUUCAAUUGUAAGUAUGCUUUGCAGUAAUGUCUGGCUGGAAGUUAAACUUCCCUAGCUUCUUUAUCCUAGCCUAGACACUGUCAAUCCACAGAAAUCACCUGUGUAUAUGCAGACUAUGGUCAGUCUUGUAUUACUGUUCCAAUUAGCAGAAUAGCACCUGAAUCUGAUGUUUGUGAUGCAGCCACCUUUCAUCUUGGAGCUGCUUUGACCUGGCAUAGAGAACAGGGAACUUGCUAUGUAGCCUCCUUUUCCUUAUGUGACUACCUGAUCACAGAACAGCAUAUAGUCACAGUUAGCUGUUUCUUUUUCCAUUGGUUUAUGGGCUGAAUUAUCUUUCUGCACAUAGAUCAUACUUUCCAGUUUGGGGAGUCUUAUUAGAAAUAUACCAGCAUCUCCAUCAAAGUGCUGCUCCGUCACCAUCCCAGAUCUCAUGUGGUGUUUCAGGAGACUCAUUAACUUUGCAGGAAACUAAGGCGGUGGUACCAGCUAGAAGAGAUGUAUGUUAGUUGUGAAUCCUAAAUACUUGGAAAGCUAAAAGACCUGGCAGCUUGAAGUUCUUAAGCACUUUUUUAGCAAUUUGGAGUAAAUUUAUUAUCUGUUUAAAAUUAUUUUUAAAAUUCUAAUUUCCUGAAAAUGUUCAGGGCUGUGUCCACUUGGCCAUUCAGUGAUCCCUCUGAAUUUAAGGUAUUAAUGUUUUAUUAUUUGGCACACAGUAGCUCAGACAGGCUUACCUGGGCAGUCAGCCAUAGGUAGUGAAAGCUUAACUGAUACAUCAAAUGGAAAAGUAAUGCAAACAGAGAAAAUGCAUAAUUGAUUGUACUGUCUCAAAAUGCUCUCUGUUGUAAGAUCUGGAAGACCUCCUUUUUUUUUUUUUUUUUUUUUUAAUAGACCACCUGGGAUCUUUUCAAUAAUAGCUAAUUCCCCCAUAUACAUAUUAACUGUCCUGUCUCCAUAAGUAUUGGCUCUACUUUCAUGAGACAUCCUGAUGUCAUUCUGGGAGCUCAUGUGGGAAUGAAUGAGGGUGGUUGUUCUUCAAAUGGAGGGUUGGCUCGAACCUUCAGAUAGUGUUAGAAAUGAAGUGCUACAGCUCAGAGGCCAAUUUUUCUUUCCAGCCCCACUGAUGUAAGUCUGAGCAAUCACUAAUGUUAGACUCUAGUCUUUCUUUGACUUGUCCUGUGUAUUUGCUCUGUGGAUCAUUGGAAGGAUUUUCUCCAAUAUACAUGCAAGAGAUGGUUUCUGGCUUCUGUUCAGAAAUGUAUGGGGGAAGGUGCAAUUGUGACCCCAGUAGUCUAGACAGAUGCAUCUCAUAACUGUCAAUGUGUAAGACAGACAGGGAAUUAUUCCUAACUGGGGUGCCAGUAGUAUUUGUAUGUUGUGCAGCAGUGAAGAUGAGGACAAUUUUUGUGGACUUGUUACUUCUUUUGGUAAACCAGUCCCUCAUUCAUCCAGUUAAUCAAAUUUCUUGCUGGAAACCUGUAACCUAAUUGCUGAUUUCUUAACAGGACAACCUUUUUUUGUUGUGUGCUAUUUGUCUGACCCCAACUGGUAACUUAACAAAAGGGCAGAGGUGAUGCCUAAGAGGAGGGCAAUAAUGCAUGCCAUGAAAAUGUAAAGUUUAAAGGAGGCUUGGCUUUUUUCCUUGUUAAGGCAAGAAAGAUCUUUCCCCUCCCCUCCCCCGCUCUCCUUUUGGAAGUAGCUUUUUUUCCUAAAGUAAAUAAAACCAACUUAUUUUCACAUGGGGAUGGGGAGAGAAUUUUUGUCUUUUUAAUUCAUCUUUGAAUGAAAGAUUUUUUUUGAAAAUAUUUUGUAAAAUGUCUUUAGUGGUGCAGCCACUAAAAUGUAAAUAAUUAUUCUAAUAAAGUAACUAAGUGAUACACUGGG